AUGAGAACGAAUAAAGGUGAAUCCAUUAUUUGCAAUCCUAUGGAGGAAAAGAAUGAUUGUUGUUCGCUAGAUAUUGGAGGUACGUUAAUAAAAGUUGUAUAUGUAAAUGAGAAGUAUAUACAUGAUGAUAAUAUAAAAGAAAAUACAGAAAACCUGAUGAUAAAAAUGAAUGCAAAUAAGAAUAUAUAUGUGACAUUUUUUGACAUAUCUAAGUUAGAUGACACUUUAUUUUUUUUAUUGAGAAAUGAUUUAAUAAAAAAAAAAAUUACGUUAACAGGAGGAGGUGCACAUAAAUAUUUUUAUCACGUGUUAGAAAAAGUACUUUAUCAUAAAUUAAUGAUAGAAAUAAAUAAAUCUGUUAAUAAAAUAUAUGUAUCAAAAUAUCAGUAUGAUGAAAAAUUAUCCUUACUAACUAUAUUAUUAUGGACACCCCAAAGUAAUGAUCAGAAUAAAAAUAUUGACAUAAAUAAUUAUAAUAAUAACAAUAUGGAGGGACUCUAUUUGUUUGAUAAAAAAUUUCUUGAUAAAUUUCCUUCAGAUACAAUAAAAAUAUAUUUUAUAAAAUCUCAUUAUGAAAAUAAUGAUAAUUAUAUUAGUGAUAAUAAUAUGAUACUUACAUGUAGUAGGAAAGAUGAAAUGAACUGUAUUAUGAAUGGUAUCCAUACGUUAUUUAAUGUUAGUAAAUCAUUUUAUGAAUAUGAAACAUUUCUUAAUGUAAAAGUACCAGCAAAAAUAAAGGCUCCAUUUCAUCCUUUUAUAAUUGCAAAUAUUGGUUCAGGUAUCUCUAUUCUUAAAUCUAAUGGAUAUGAUUCUUAUCAAAGAAUAGCGGGUACAGCUAUUGGGGGGGGCACCCUCAUGGGAUUAGCUAAACUUAUAUUAGAUAAUAUCUCUUUUGAAGAAUUAAUAAAAUGUGCUGAAGACAAAAAUAAAAAUAUAUCAUAUGAUUUAAAAAUGAAACAUAUAAUUGGAGAUGCCUCAGUAAAUGGAUCUAUACAUUCAAAUACUUUAGCUAGUUGUUUUGGAUAUAUAGGAAAUAUUUUAAAGGAAAAAAAAAAAAAAAAUGGUGAUAACAAAAAUUUUCAUCAGGAGGUAGCCAAAGGAUUAAUACAAAUGGUAUCAUAUAAUAUAGGAUAUAUGGUAUAUAUAUUAUCAAAAAUUCACAAUGUGAAAAGAAUAUUUUUUUCAGGUAAAUAUAUAAGCAAUCAUGAAUAUAUCAUGGAAACACUAACACAUGGUGUGUAUUACUACUAUCUUCAUUUUAAUUCAAAAAUGAAUGAAGUAGAUAAUAUAAAUGAUAUUAAUUUAAACAAUAAUGCUGCUAAAAAUACAAUUAAAAGAGAAUUAUAUAAUUGUAAAGAUAAUAAUUUUAAGGACAAGUUCAUGAAUAUUUAUCUUUCUUACCAAUAC